CUCUUCCCUUUCCUUCAUGGCAGCUGGAAUCAUCCUUCGCAGCCGGCAGUCACCGAGGGAGAUGUGAAACAGAAACAGAAGAAGAAGAAGAAGAAGAAGAAGAAGCAGCAGCAGCAGCAGGAGAAAAAGAAGUAGAAGAAGGAGAAGAAGAAGAAGAAGGGAGGAGUGGUGAUGAGUCGCUGCUGUUGAUGGGACUGAGGUUAUAAGUUUGUGUAAUGAGAGAGAGAGAGAUAGAGAUGCAGAGGUCGAAAUGCUUCACUGUGUCUGGUUUGUUCUGACAAUUCUGCGAAUCAGACUCGAGAAGGGGAGCAGAUUAAGUCGUAAUCUACAGGGUACUCAAUGUACUCUAAUGUAUGAGUUCUUCUUCGAGGUUUGUUUCAAGCUUGACUGCAAAGAACGAUUAUAAAAGUGAUAAGCAAUGGUAGGAUUUGGAAAGAAGCUGCAGAAGGCACGAGUCCCAACAUGGGAAGUGUAUUAUAUCUCUUACAAGAUGAUGAAGGAGAAGGUCAACGUUUUUGGCCAGGAGUUGAAGAGCGGCUCCAAAGUAGAACGCAAGCGAAUCCUCAAGGAGUUUUCGGAUAUGCUAGAUCGUCAGGUUGAGAAGAUGGUUCUAUUUUUGCUGAUCAAGCAAGGGCAGCUAGCCCUCCAACUCUCAAAAUUGGCAGAUGAACGUGAAGCUGAAGAUACCGAGCUUGAAGGCGCUAAUGAAGCCGCGCGCAUCAGCAGGCUGCGCGACGCUUACCAUGCAGUUGGAGAGGACUUACUGGCACUUCUGCAAUUUGUGGAUUUAAAUGCUACGGGGCUGCGUAAAAUUCUGAAAAAAUUCGACAAACGUGUUGGGUACCGCCUGAGUGACGAGUAUGUCGCAACCCGCUCGAAUCAUCCUUUCUCUCAGCUCCAACACAUCUUCCGCCAUGUGGGUAUCGGAUCGAUGGUCGCUACAAUCUCUCGGAAUCUUGCUGAGCUUGAAAACAAAGGACAGCCUGUUACUUCCAUAUAUGAGCAAAGGUCAAAAUUAGGAAUUCAAGAUCCGAUUAUUGAGUCGAUAAAAAGGGCAGAGGACAGACUCACUAAUUCAGCUAGCUUUUUACGUUUCCUCGGUCAGCAAUUCAUUAAUGAGGAAGAGGAAUUGCCGGAAGAAGAAAAACGCGAAGAGGAAAAUUAUCAUUUCGUGUCGCUUGUGCUUAACCUUGUGAACACGUACCUUUAUAUGGUAAACACAUACAUUAUCGUCCCAACAGCGGACAAGUACGCUAUGAGUUUGGGGGCUGCACCAACACUCUGUGGAUUGAUAAUUGGCUCAAUGGCCGUGGCUCAAUUAGUUUCAUCUGUUUACUUGAGUGCUUGGUCUAACAAGUCCUAUUACGGACCCUUAAUUUUCAGUAGCCUUAUUCUUUGGAUUGGGAAUCUUCUCUAUGCCGUUGCCUAUAACUUCAACUCCGUCACCAUUCUCCUCAUUGGUCGCUUGUUAUGUGGGUUGGGAUCAGCCAGAGCAGUCAACAGACGAUACAUCAGCGAUUGUGUUCCUCAGAAAUCUCGACUGCAAGCAUCAGCUGCAUUUGUGAGUGCAAGCGCAUUAGGCAUGGCCUCUGGCCCUGCGUUGGCAGGUCUGCUUGAGUUCAAGUACACAGCAUUCGGGGUUACUUUUAAUGCAAAUACGUUGCCAGGAUGGAUUAUGGCAGUUGCUUGGUUUCUCUACCUCAUUUGGGUUGUCAUUGGCUUCAAAGAGCCUUCCCACGAACAUCUGAUAGUUGAUGAAGCCAGCUCGUCAGCAUCUCAAGACAAUCAACUGGGAAAAAAAGAGAGCCAAAAGGGUACAGAUCGACACGACGCCUUGGAACCACUUUUGUCUGUAUCCUUAAAACCUUCCAACUUUAAUGCUGAAAGAGCAGACUUAAAAUCGGACAGCAGCAAUGAUAAACAGUCCAAAAAACCAGCAACGUCUUUUCUGGAAGCUUCCAGAUUACUUGCAAGACCUCUGAAGGUCCAGCUUUAUGUUUACUUCAUGUUAAAAUUCGCAAUGGAGAUUUUGUUGUCAGAAUCCAGUGUUGUCACCCAGUACUAUUUUGGCUGGGGUACGCGUUCCGUGGCCUUUUUCCUGGCUCUUCUAGGACUCACCGUCUUACCUGUCAACUGGGUGGUCGGGAGCUACGCGAGCAAUAUUUUCGAAGACCGACAACUUCUUGUUGGUUCAGAAAUUUUGACUUGCGUUGGCGUAAUUAUCAGCUUUGACUUCGGGAUCCUGCCUUACUCUGUCACUCAAUACGUGACUGGAGCCUUCAUUUUGUUUGUGUCUGCCGAAGUUCUCGAAGGAGUGAACUUGUCACUACUAUCCAAAGUCAUGUCGUCACGCUUGUCGCGAGGAACUUAUAACGGGGGCCUCCUGUCAACGGAGGCAGGGACGUUAGCACGUGUUGUUGCUGAUUGCGCCAUCACUCUUACAGGAUACCUUGGGCAAGACGUGCUUUUGAAUGCUACGAUGUUUCCCACCUUGAUCAUUUGUAUCUUCGCCGUUGUGAGCACCAUGUGGACCUACAACUCGUUGUUUUGAGCUCGUUAGAAGGUUCUGCAGGCCUAGCCGUCUCAACAUAGCAGAAGCUGCGGUAACAUUGUACACACUGGUAUACCAACAUUUACCAUGUAAAUUUUGGAUCUCAUUAUUGUACAACGUCACGCAAACUUGGAGUUUACUUGGCAGACGUGCCUUCGUGGGUUUGAGCCAUCUCUGUCAAAAGUUUCUCCAAAAGAUGUUCUGAAAAACGUUUGAUGCCACCAGUUGAUUUCAAGAACUGGGUAUUUAUAUACUUGUUUUGACAAAGCAAA